GUGAGCGGGGACAUGAUAGAAUUAUAAUUAAAAAUAAUUAUAAUUAAUUAAAAUUGUAUCGCGAGCGGCGGUUUGGCUGCAGCCGGCUGCGAGUUUUGGCCACUGACGACGCAUCGCUCCUCCAACCAGGGCCGGCAAUGUGCUGGACAAGAUGUCCCGACUCGCUGAUUACUUCGUAAUUGUCGGGUACGACAGCGAUAAGGAGAAGACCGCCAGCAAUGUGGGCGGGCAGCCGACUUGCGGCAAGAUCGUGCAGCGCUUUCCCGAGAAAGAUUGGCCGGACACCCCUUUUAUCGAGGGCAUUGAAUGGUUCUGCCAGCCGCUGGGCUGGAGCUUAUCGUACGAGAAGCAGGAGCCCAAGUUCUUCGUCUCCGUCCUGACGGACAUCGAUACGAACAAGCACUAUUGCGCCUGCCUCAGCUUCCACGAGACACUGGCCAUAACGCAGACGCGCAGUGUCGACGACGAGGAUGAGACCAUUGGGAGCACUAGGCUGCUGCCGGGCGGCACACCCUCUGCGACAGAUGGCGUCACGACCGCAACCUCCAUUACGCACCACAGUGUCAUGUAUGCGCCAAAGUGCUUGGUACUCAUAUCCCGGCUGGACUGUUCCGACACAUUCAAGAACUGUCUGGGCACUAUUUACACCGUGUACAUUGAGAACCUAGCUUACGGCAUGGAGACGCUCAUUGGCAACAUCCUGGGUUGCAUACAAGUGCCACCGGCUGGCGGGCCGCAGGUGCGCUUCUCAAUCGGAGCGGGCGACAAGCAAUCUCUGCAGCCGCCGCAGAGCUCCUCGCUGCCCACCACGGGCAGUGGAGUGCACUUCCUGUUUAAGCAGCUGGGCAUUAAGAAUGUGCUGAUCCUGCUCUGUGCGGUGAUGACGGAGAACAAGAUACUGUUCCUGUCCAAGUGCUAUUGCCACCUGACGGAGAGCUGCAAGGCGCUGGUGGCAUUAAUGUAUCCUUUUCGGUAUACACACGUUUACAUACCCAUUCUGCCGGCACCGCUCACGGAGGUACUGUCCACGCCGACGCCAUUCAUCAUGGGCAUACACAGUUCACUGCAAACGGAGAUUACGGAUCUGUUGGAUGUCAUUGUUGUGGACUUGGACGGAGGUCUGGUCACCAUACCAGCAUCGCUUACUCCACCGGUCCCCAUCCUCCCUUCGCCACUGUGGGAGCAAACUCAGGAGCUACUCAGCAUGAUCCUGUUCCCCAAUCUGGCGCAGGCAGACCUGGCCUUUCCCACCCAGGAGCGGCCAAGUGCCCUGUCCAAGACUGACGCACAAAUCGAUAAGGAACUUCGCGCCAUAUUUAUGCGCCUCUUCGCGCAGCUACUGCAGGGCUACCGCUCCUGCCUUACCAUUAUUAGGAUUCAUCCCAAGCCAGUGAUUACCUUUCACAAGGCCGGUUUUCUCGGCGCCCGGGACUUGAUCGAGAGUGAGUUCCUGUUCCGGGUUCUGGACAGCAUGUUCUUCACUACGUUCGUUAAUGAGCGAGGACCCCCCUGGCGAGCCUCCGAUGCCUGGGAUGAGCUCUACAGCUCCAUGAACGAACUGCUCAAGUCGGAGGCGCAGAAUCGGAAUCUCAUACUCACACAUAUCCAGGAACUGGGACGCACUCUGUUCGAGAACGAGGGCACUUUGGCCCACACCAGCUAUGCCCAGAAGGUGCUACGGCCUCCCGAGGGCUCCUUCCAUCGGAUCCACCAGCCCGCCUUUCCGCGCAUUAGCUCGGAGAAAGUGGAGCUGAUCAUUCAAGAGGGGAUACGAAAGAACGGAGUGCCACAGCGCUUCCAUGUAACGCGCAAUCAGCACAGAAUCAUACCGAUGGGACCCAGAUUGCCGGAAGCCUUGGAUGUUCGUCCAAAUGUCCAGAACUCGGCCCGACGACUGGAGGUUCUGAGGACAUGCGUGUCCUACAUCUUUGAGAACCGAAUUGCAGACGCUAGGAAACUGCUGCCGGCUGUGAUGCGAACGUUGAAGCAUCGCGAUGCGAGACUGAUCCUUUGUCGGGAGUUCUUUGGCUACGUGCAUGGCAACAAGGCGGUGCUGGAUCAUCAACAGUUUGAGUUGGUGGUGAGAUUCAUGAACAAGGCGCUGCAGAAUUUCGGGAUUGACGAGUACACAGUAGCAGCGGCCCUGUUGCCCAUGUCCACGAUAUUCUGCCGAAAACUGUCCACUGGAGUGGUGCAGUUCGCUUAUACGGAAAUCCAGGACCACGCCAUAUGGAAAAACAUUCAGUUCUGGGAGUCCACAUUUUUCCAAGAUGUUCAGGGCCAGAUAAAGGCAUUGUAUCUGCUCCACCGUCGCCAAAACGAGCAUCAAAAGGAAGCAAACUGUGUGCUAGAUGAAGUCCCACUGGAGGAGCCCACGGCCCUAGAGAUUACGGCCGAGCAACUGCGCAAAAGUCCCACCAUCGAGGAGGAGAAGAAGGCCGAACUGGCCAAGUCGGAGGAGUCAACGCUAUACAGUCAGGCCAUACAUUUUGCCAACCGCAUGGUCUCCCUGCUGAUUCCGCUGGAUGUCAACGUGGAUGCCGCCAGCAAACCUAAGCCCGCAUUUCGUUUGGACGAAAAUCAGAGUGUUUCAAAUAGUAUUAUUGGCUCGCAUAGCCUGAGCGAACAUUCCGACGAUGGAUUCGAGGAGAACAAUGCUAUGGAAAUCGGCGUUUCUGUCGGGAAGACUAUUUCGCGCUUCAUUGACUGUGUGUGCACCGAGGGUGGAGUGACCUCCGACCACAUACGCAACCUACACGAUAUGGUGCCGGGUGUGGUGCAUAUGCACAUCGAGUCUUUGGAACCGGUCUACCUGGAGGCGAAGCGCCAUCCGCAUGUGCAGAAGCCCAAGAUCCAGACGCCUUGCCUGCUGCCGGCCGAGGAGUUCGUUACCGACCAUCUGCGCUGCUUCCUUAUGCCGGAUGGUCGCGAGGACGACACCCAGUGCCUGAUACCCGCAGAGGGAGCUCUGUUCCUCACCAACUAUCGCGUGGUCUUCAAGGGCUCUCCCUGCGAUCCACUUUAUUGCGAACAGGUCAUUGUGCGCUCCUUUCCCAUCGCCUCCCUACUCAAGGAAAAGAAGAUAUCGGUGCUGUAUUUGGCCCACCUCGAUCAGACGCUACCCGAAGGACUGCAGCUUCGCUCUAGCAGCUUCCAGCUGCUCAAAGUUGCCUUCGAUCCUGAGGUAACGCCAGAGCAAAUCGAAAGCUUUAGGAAGAUAUUGAGCAAGGCGCGCCACCCCUUCGACGAGUUUGAAUACUUUGCCUUCCAGUCAUACGGCACCAUACUCCAGGGUGUAGCUCCGCCCAAAACGAAGGAGAAGUACUCGACGAUAAAGGGAUUCGCCAAGAAGACCCUGCUCCGGACGGCCAAGAAGGCUGGAUACAAGCAGAAGCAGCAAACCAAGCGCAAGUUGGUCUCGGACUAUGAAUACGGUGGAGCGGACGCCGGAGCGGAAACGCAGUCCAUAGACGACGAGUUGCAGGAUGGCGAUGAGUUUGAAACGCAAAACAAUGCCAUGCCCAGGGUGCUCACCAACAAAGAUGUUGAACGAAUGCGCGAGCGGAGCUAUGUGCAGGACUGGAAGCGACUUGGUUUCGAUGCAGAGUCGCAGCGUGGAUUCCGCAUCAGCAAUGUUAAUGCCAGCUACGCCACCUGCCGAUCUUAUCCUGCAAUAAUUGUGGCUCCCGUUCAGUGCAGCGAUGCGGCCAUUAUGCAUCUGGGCCGCUGCUUCAAGGGUCAGCGCAUCCCGCUACCCACCUGGCGGCACACGAACGGAGCCUUGCUCAUCCGGGGUGCCCAGCCCAACAGCAAGUCGGUCAUCGGAAUGCUAAAGAACACUACGGGGAGCAACACGAACGCCCAUCACGAUGUCACUCACUACCCCGAGCAGGAUAAGUACUUCCUGGCCCUGAUCAACACAAUGCCAAAGCUUACUCCGCUGGCCAUCAAUCAGUAUUCGGGCAUGAAUCUCUCGAUGAAUUCGCUGCUGGGCCACGGCCCCUCCUCCGACGAUCGACAGUGCCUCACGCCGGAGUUGUCGCGCAAGCACAAGAAUAACCUGGACAUGGUCAGCGACGGCAGCAAAUCCGGCCAAGGAGUUGGAGGCAAAGGUGGAACGAUGAAGGGAAAUCAGAACGCCUCCAACUCUCAUGGAGCAUUCCGCAAGAUGCGACUGUACGCAUUGGGUGAGAAAUCACAGGCCAAGUCAAAUAUGAAUGUGGACUUUUGCGCGGACUUCAUUCCCGUGGAUUACCCGGACAUCAGGCAGUCGCGUCCGGCCUUCAAGAAGCUUAUUCGCGCCUGCAUGCCAUCGCAUAACACCAACGAGGCUGAUGGCCAAAGCUUUGCCAAGAUGGUGGAGCACUCCGACUGGCUGCAGCAGAUCUCCUCACUGAUGCAGUUAUCCGGAGCGGUGGUGGACCUCAUUGAUCUGCAGGAGAGUAGUGUGAUGCUCUCGUUGGAAGAUGGCUCCGAUGUGACCGCCCAACUCAGCUCAAUUGCCCAGCUUUGCCUGGACCCCUACUAUCGAACACUCGAUGGCUUCCGGGUGCUGGUGGAGAAGGAGUGGCUAGCAUUUGGCCAUCGCUUUGCGCAUCGCAGCAACCUGAAGCCCUCGCAUGCCAACACAAACAUCGCAUUUGCACCCACUUUUCUGCAGUUCCUGGACGUGGUCCAUCAGUUGCAGAGCCAGUUUCCCAUGGCAUUCGAGUUUAACGAUUUCUAUCUGAGAUUCCUCGCCUACCAUGCUGUGUCGUGCCGCUUCCGCACCUUCCUCUUCGACUGCGAGCUGGAGCGCUCGGACUCUGGCAUCGCUGCCAUGGAAGACAAGCGCGGAUCGCUGAACGCCAAGCACUUGUUUGGAGGCGGUGGUGGCAUGGCAUCGAACGGUUCCGACGAUGAGUGCAACGUGUACCCAAUGGACUUGAGGAGUCCGAGGACACCGGCGCCAAUGAGUCGCAUUGGUCACUCCAUCUUUGACUAUAUCGAAAGGCAGCAUAACAAGACGCCCGUCUUUUACAACUUCCUCUACUCCGGCGACAAGGAUAUGACCCUGCGGCCGCAGAACAAUGUGGCUGCCUUGGAUUUAUGGAGUUACUACACCAACGAAGAGCUUGCUCAGGGACCGCCAUAUGAUCUGGAAGUGACCACCGUAGACGACGAAAUCGAUCUGUCCGAGAUGAAGGGCAAGCGCAUGGUCAUCACAGCCGGCUAUGACAACCCAGAGAAAUACAAUCCCAAUGCCUAUGUCUGCCUGCUCAGCGAGGUGAGGCAGGCGGAGACGGAGCGAGGAAUUCUACCCCAAAAGUGGCUUCAAGUAUGGAAUAGUCUAGAAGUGCCCAAGUUGGAGCCCAUUCCACGCAACGCUUCCCUCGGUAAGAUCUUCGUGCAAACGCAUCAGCACAAGCGCUCCACGCUGGAGAUCAUCAUGAAGGGUCGUUUGGCUGGCUACCAGGACAAGUACUUCCAUCCCCAUCGCUUCGAGAAGCAUCCGUAUACCACGCCCACCAACUGUAACCACUGCACUAAGCUCCUCUGGGGACCAGUCGGCUAUCGGUGCAUGGAUUGCGGCAACUCUUACCACGAAAAGUGCACCGAGCUGUCCAUGAAGAACUGCACCAAGUACAAGGCCAUCGAUGGUACUGUGGGGCCACCGAAUGUGAGCAUGUCGCAGGGCGACACGGCCAGCAUUGCCUCCAGUGCCGCCACGACGGCACGCACUUCCAGCCAUCAUUUCUACAAUCAGUUUAGCAGUAACGUGGCCGAAAAUCGGACGCACGAAGGACACCUCUAUAAGCGAGGCGCUUUGCUCAAAGGAUGGAAACAGCGCUGGUUUGUCCUGGACUCGAUUAAGCACCAGCUUCGUUACUAUGACACAGCUGAGGAUACCGCUCCCAAGGGCAUCAUUGAACUGGCUGAGGUGCAGUCUGUAACUGCCGCACAACCUGCACAAAUUGGCGCCAAAGGUGUGGAUGAAAAGGGAUUUUUUGAUCUUAAAACGUCGAAACGCACCUACAACUUUUAUGCGAUGAACGCGAAUCUGGCACAGGAAUGGAUUGAAAAGUUGCAAGCGUGCUUGCAAUAAGUUAAAGUCUCAUUACCAUCUUGUUCGGUUGUUCGCACACUUUCCUAACCUUUUCACUUCGAUCCGCCGUUUCGAGGUAGAACUAACCAGUAUCCCUUUCUAGCACUACUUAUUUAAUAUUCCGAAUCUGUGUAUCAUAUCAUUAUAACUGAACUAUCUUGCGUAGGUCAAAGCCCUGGCCUAGUUGAUUUUUGAUCUGUUAAAUCGCUCGCACCCAUUAACAUAAAUGUUUUAGCAACAAUUAUGCCAAUUAUGUUAGCAGAAAGCGAAACGAAGCGUUAGUUAAACAAUGAAAUCCAACUGUAAAUGUGAAUGUAAAGAAACUAUAUAAAUUAUGUGAUUGCAAAACAAAACAAACACAAAA